UCUCUUUAAUUCAACUACUUAUCUGGGUUCUUCUUUCCUUUUAAUGCUCUCUUCCUUUUCUCGUUUGACCUUUUGUUUUUGUAUUCCCAUUUCCCAACCACCAUUCAUAUGCUCUGAUUCAUUACACAAACUUCUGUAAUGGGUCUUUUCUGUUUUCUCUUACAAUUUACAAACAAACCCAUUCUGAUUCCAACUUCUUGAUUCUGUGAAUGAUCUUAGUAGGAUUCUCCGCCAUUGAAUUUGAAGCUCAAGUGUCUCUUCCCCUGGACUUCUUCACUUGCAAUUGAUCUUUCUCGUUGCGGCUCUUACUUCAAAAUGUGGUCUUGGAAAUUUUGAUUGUAAGGUGUUUGUGUUACAUCCUCAACGAGAUUUUAGAGAUACGGUACAAGGAAAUGGGAUCUGGAAGUGGGUUUUAUUCGGCAGGGGAGUUUAACUUGGAAGCCAAGUGGUUGAUUGAUCCAAAGCUGCUUUUUGUCGGUCCAAAGAUCGGAGAGGGUGCACAUGCCAAGGUCUAUGAGGGAAAAUACAAGAACCAGAACGUUGCAAUUAAAAUUUUAAACAAAGGUGAUACUUCUGAGAACAAUGCAAAAAUUGAUGGCCGAUUUGGAAGAGAAAUUGCUAUGUUGUCGAAAGUGCGACAUAAGAACUUAGUAAAGUUUAUUGGAGCAUGCAAGGAACCAGUGAUGGUGAUAGUAACUGAGCUUCUUACUGGUGGAACAUUAAGGAAAUACUUGGUGAAUAUGCGGCCAAGGGGACUGGAUACACGAGUUGCUAUAGGGUUUGCACUUGAUAUAGCUCGUGCAAUGGAAUGCUUACACUCACACGGGAUCAUUCACCGUGACUUAAAACCUGAAAACCUGCUGCUGACAGCAGAUCACAAAAUUGUGGAACUUGCUGAUUUUGGUUUGGCGAGAGAAGAAUCUUUAACGGAGAUGAUGACCGCUGAAACUGGAACCUAUCGUUGGAUGGCUCCGGAGCUUUACAGCACUGUAACACUAAGGCAAGGUGAGAAGAAGCAUUAUAACCACAAGGUCGAUGCCUACAGCUUUGCAAUCGUGUUGUGGGAGCUCAUACACAAUAAGUUACCAUUUGAGGGCAUGUCAAAUCUUCAGGCGGCUUAUGCUGCUGCUUUCAAGAAUGUGAGGCCGAGUGCUGAUGGGCUCCCUGAAGAUUUGGCUUUAAUCGUGACAUCUUGUUGGAAGGAGGAUCCAAAUGGUCGGCCAAACUUCGGUCAAAUAAUACAGAUGCUUCUUCAUUAUUUGUCUGCUAACUUCCCCCCCGAACCCAUGCCCACAGCAAUCCCACCUCGGAUUUUCACUUGUCAGAAUACCGUAUUUUCUCCCGAUUCUCCUGGUACAAGCACCUUAAUUGCGAAAACGGACGAGGAAACACCAAAAACCGCCAAGGGAAAUAGCCGUACAGGUAUUUUCUCCUGCUUUUAUCAGUAUUGUUAAUGGUGGAAGGAGGAGAGCUUGGAACACACUUGUGCAUACAGUUAAAAAGGAGCAAAAAGAGUUGGGUGCAUUACGACUUUGUGUUAGCAUUUGAUGGAGAAGCUGUAGAAUUGAAUCCAACUUCUCUUAUGCUUUUAACAAUUGUAUUUAGUUUAUAUCAUAAACUAUCAAUUAUUUAGGAGUCGUAUACCAAACGCUAACCACGUGAGCAUAUGACGCAGAACUUUAUCCGGUAAGUGAGCGGGUGACUCUAUCCCGAUAGCACUUAUCGAGUAAGAGGCGUUUUACCAACAAUUUUA